CUGACAAUUUACUGUGGAAAUCUAACACCAUGCAUUUCAUUUGAACAGUAUUUGAUAAGAAUUUGACUUUACACUGUGUCUGUUUCUUUCUCCAGAUCAUUUUCUAUGAGGAUAAAAACUUCCAGGGCCAUUACUAUGAGUGCGACAUCGACUGCCCUGACAUGCACCCUCACUUCAGCCGCUGCAACUCCAUCAAGGUGGAGAGCGGCUGCUGGGUGUUGUACGAGAAGCCGAACUACAUGGGUUACCAGUAUGUCCUGACCAGAGGAGAGUACCCGGAAUACCAGUGCUGGAUGGGCUACAACGACAACAUCCGCUCCUGCCAGACCUUCACCUAUGUGAGUCCAUGUUUAGCUUUUGUUAUAAAUGUGGACACAUCAUACAAUCCUUCCCAGCAUGCAAUAUUGUUCAGUGAAGAUGUGCAAGAACAUUUUUUUAUUGUCUGAUAAGCAACUUUUUCUGUGUUUAAAAAUUAAAACCAAAGGAAAUUUUGAUGCGAGUAUCAGUAGAUUAAAGAUAAACAUGUGGGGUCCCCCAGGGCUCCAUUCUGGGGCCUCUUUUGUUUUAAUACCUACAUGCUCCCACUGGCUAAGAUUAUAAAAAAUACUGACUAGUCUAGUUCUUUUAUUACUUAAUUUCAAAAACUCCUGUGAGGAGAUUUUGAAGUGGUUGUGAAAAAGAAAUUAGUACUGAUCCCAACUAAAGCAAACCGGACCAUUUGCUGCAAAUAACUGAUGCAAACAAUCAUUUCUUGCGUCCAAAACCAGCCACCUCCCAAAGGAAAAGGUGCCUAACAGAAAACAUUUUGAUUUCAUUUUUCAGUGCAAAGAUUCUCAGUGCAUGACACAAAUGGCUGAGAGGAAAUAACAAGAGGAGGUGUUCAAUUCAACUUCAAAGCAAUAAGCUGUUAUGCUUUGUCCACAGGUGGUGCCAAAUUUGUCACAGGGCCUUAAAACAUGUCCCUCCAAUAGAUGUGACUGAAAAAACUUGACAUAAUAUUUGACUCUGCUGUAUCCCUGCAGCCCAGAGACGGCCCCUAUUGCAUUCGUAUCUAUGAGCGGCCAAACUUCGAGGGUCAGAUGAGGGAGUUCAGCUGGGACUGUGAUUUGCUGAAGGAUCACUUCCUCAGCAGUGACAUCCACUCAUGUAAGGUCAUAGAAGGAUACUGGACCCUGUAUGAGCACACAAAAUACCGUGGCCGCCAGUUCUUCAUGAAGCCUGGAGAGUACCAGAAUUACAGUGACUGGGGGGCCAAGAGCGCCACCUUUGGAUCCUUCAGGAGAAUCACUGAUUUUUAAUCUAUUUAGUACAAAGGUUGUAUCUCAAAAGUGAUGGUGUAUGUUGCAAAGGUGUUAGAAAAGUUAUGCAGAUUUGUAGGUGAUAAAAAGUUAUAUUAAUGAUAUGAAACUUGUUGUGG